AUGAACUCCACCCGCACGACAAAUUCGAAGAACAUUGGUGGACCCUCCACGUGGACGGUUCCUCAAACUGCUAGGGGGAGCGGAGCGGGAGUAAUUCUGGAGGGACCCAAAGGGAUAACUUUGGAACAAUCUCUCCGCUUUCGGUUCAAGGCUUCGAACAACCAAGCCGAGUAUGAAGCCCUGUUGGCUGGAUUGAGGCUCGCCGAAGACAUGGGUGCAUCGAGAAUCAAAUGCCUAACCGACUCCAAGAUUGUAGCUGAACAGGUGGGUGGUAACUUUCACGUGAAGGACCACAACAUGAUGAAGUACUACCAUGCCUAUCAAAAGUUGAAGCCUAACUUUCAAGAGAUGUUGGUCGAGCACAUCCCACGCGAGGAUAACACCCGAGACGACCAGUUGGCCAGGUUGGCCGCAACCAAGAAGCCGGGUCAAUUAUGA